ACGGAAAUUGCCCCUGUUUAGUGGGGAGGAAACAUUCGAGCUACCUCUACUGCCGCUGCCGGGUAGGGAAAAAUUGACAGGUAGUGGUGUCUUGUGGCAGUGUUUUUUUUGACGACGUGUCAGCGAAUAAUGCUAUGUUGUGCGACACAAACCGUUUUAGCAGCGAGCGCUGGUUGUAGCUGACGUCAUCGAGCUAAUAUCGCAGUUAACCGGCCGUUAAAAAGGCAAUGUUGAACUCACUAGCAUCUUGCUAGCUGGCUAGCGGUAGCACUGUAAUGGCUAGCGGGGGUUAGCACGCUGUCAUCACUUUGGUUAGCGUUAGCAGAUGUUGUUUACCGAGGACCAGCUGACUGCUGUGGUUUCGCGUGAGUGAACAUGGAUAGCGGUCAGCAGCUCUGCUCUGCUUUGUGUGGCAUGUGACGAUCGUAACAACACAGGACCGACUGCAGCACGACCACAGCGGUGAUAUGGGACAUGGAGCUGGGAGGUAGCUAGAUGAGGACAGCCGACUCUCCACCAGAAUGCACAAUACUGGGGCUUUAAAGGCGGACAGCUGUGCCUGCUGUUGGACUGUGUGAUUCUCUGAGUGUUUUCGGACAAAGGACAGGAUCGUCUGUGUCUACGUAAAAGCCUGACCCGAGGCAAGAGUACACGAGGAGACGAACUUUGCAGGGUCACGAUGACGAUACUGAAGACCUUACUGAUCACCUGUCUUCUUAGCUGGGUGGAAUGUAAAGAGAGCCAGGGCAUGACACCGGAGGAGAUGACUGUUAUCAGGAACAAGAUAAUUGAAAUGUUUGAUCAUGCGUAUGGGAGUUACAUGAAAUAUGCCUAUCCAGCAGAUGAGCUGAUGCCUCUAAGCUGCAGGGGGAGAGUCCGUGGCCUGGAGCCCAACAGAGGGGACAUAGAUGACUCCCUGGGAAAGUUUUCUCUCACUCUGAUUGACACCCUUGAUACCCUGGUGGUUUUAAACAAGCUUGAUGAGUUUGAGGAUGCAGUGAGGAAGACUGUGAGGGAUGUACGCCUGGACAACGAUGUGGUGGUGUCUGUGUUUGAGACCAACAUCAGGGUUUUGGGAGGGCUUUUGGGGGCUCAUGUAAUGGCUGACCUGCUGCGUCAGCGUGGGGACAGGAUGCAGUGGUAUCAAGAUGAGCUCCUACACAUGGCCAAAGAGCUGGGCCAUCGAUUACUGCCUGCCUUCAACACCACAAGUGGCCUUCCCUACCCAAAGGUGAAUUUGCGGUAUGGAAUAUUGAAUCCCCUUUCACGCACAGGCACUGAAUCAGACACCUGCACAGCCUGUGCAGGAACAAUGAUUUUGGAGUUUGCAGCCCUCAGCAGAAUGUCAGGAGAGACUGUGUUUGAGGAACAUGCGAGGAAGGCAAUGGAUGUCCUCUGGGAAAACCGACAGAAAGGAAGUGACUUGGUGGGGACUGUCAUCAAUAUCCAUAACGGAGAAUGGGUCCGCAGGGAUAGUGGAGUCGGUGCUGGUAUUGACUCUUACUAUGAAUAUUUGAUGAAGGCCUAUAUUCUUCUUGGAGAUAAUGUUUUUCUGGAGAGGUUCAACAUUCACUACAGUGCCAUUAUGAAGUACAUCAGUCAGCCUCCGCUGCUGCUCAAUGUACACAUGCACAACCCCACCGUGAGCGUACGCAGCUGGAUGGACUCCCUCCUGGCUUUCUUCCCUGGCUUACAGGUUUUAAGAGGAGAUCUGAAACCUGCCAUUGAGACUCAUGAGAUGCUUUAUCAAGUCACCAAGCAGCACAAGUUUCUUCCAGAGGCUUUUACUACAGAGUUCAGAGUUCAUUGGGGCCAACAUCUAUUGAGACCAGAGUUUGCAGAAAGUACCUACUACCUCUAUAAGGCCACUGGUGACCCCUACUACCUCAGAGUGGGACAGUCCAUCGUGGAAAAGCUCAACGCCUACACCAGGGUGCCUUGUGGAUUUGCCGCUGUGCAAGAUGUCCGCACAGGGGCGCAUGAAGACAGGAUGGACUCCUUCUUCCUGGCAGAGAUGUUUAAGUACCUCUACCUGCUGUUUUCGGAGAAAAGCCAGCUGCCCAUCGACAUUGAUGAUUUCAUCUUCACCACGGAGGCUCACCUCCUCCCUCUGUCUCUCUCUACCACCCAGCCGCCCUGCCAUGGCAACAUUACGGGCAGAGCGUUUGAUUCAUCACUAACACAGACUGUUCCUGUUUUUCAAGAAGAAGAUCCGUUCACACACUCCUGCCCCAGCACAGAGACGUUGUUCCCCAACAACCCCUCAUUUGCAAAAACUAUCCGCGACAGCUACAAGUAUCUCACUGGGGUGGGACGAGCGUUCCGUCCCUUACCCAUCAGGGAAAUUGAACUGCCGCUCCACGAUAAUGGCUUGGAGCCGGUGGAGUUUUUGAAAAGCAUGGGCAUUUCUCUCACUCCGCUGACCGAGGUCACAGUAGGAAAUGCUGGAAGUCUAAAGGACCAUAAAGGAGUGUACCGGGUAAAACUUGUGGCAGAGGUAAGCCACACACCAGAGGAAGAAGUGGUAGCGCCUCAUGUUGUUCAGCUCAUAUCGCCCCCGUUUCUGGGUCGGACAGUACUGACAGCAGGACCUUCUAAGUUUGGAAUGGACCUCUCAAAACAGGAGCACGGGGUGAAGGGCAGCAUUGUGAAAGCCUCCCCCUACACUGCCUGUGGGCCAAUAGACAAUGCAGUUGAAAUUAUCGGCAAUAUCGCCUUGGCAGUGCGUGGUGACUGCAUGUUUGCUGUGAAGGCUCGUCGGCUGCAGGAGGCCGGAGCCAUAGGACUCAUUAUUAUAGACCAUCAUGAGGGGAGUAAUAGCGAGGGAACGCCCCUCUUCCAGAUGGUUGGAGAUGGAGACUCCACUGAAGACAUUACUCUAGCUUUGGUCUUCCUGUUCAGCCGUGAGGGUGCCGUGCUCACAGCCGCCCUGGAGGAACAUCACAAUGUGGACGUGCUGCUGCUGCCCAAAGAAAAGCAGAUGGGACAGGAUAAGAUAGGAAAACACAUUGGCCUUAACGUCAAACUCCGCCUUGCUGAGGAGGGGGAGCAGGGGGAAGGUGCAUCCAGGGGCCCCACGCUGGAGUUUGUCCUGGAGAAAGAGGUGGAAGGAGAAUUAGAAGGAGAACAAUCGUUACGGCAGCAGCAGCUCUGCACAAAGGCAACAGAGACUUACAGGACUGAGUCAUGUUCAGGCGAUUCAUCUCAUACCACAAACUCUGAUCCUUGAUCGUUGCAGAUCGCAAAGCAGCCAUGGUUCCGAUCACUGAUUCCCUGUCUGUUUCAGAGAGGCGUGUGCUUCUGAGCCCCUCACUGCCCUGUAUGGAGCCCUAACUGUACAACCUGCACGUUUACAGCCAGUGGAAGAGAGUCGAGCACAGUGACGGCCACACUCACAUCCUGCCUCUACUCUACUCUAACAUAAAUAUGACUCUGUUCUUAUAACACAGUUGGACAAAUGUAGCUUUUAUUCUGUGUGGCACAGGAAAUAAUGGGGUUUUUAUAAUCUCAUGAGACUGAACUUGAUAGUUUAUAGCCAAAAACUGUAAGAAGAGAUGACUUGGUUUGUGCCUGUAGUAUUUCUACAGAACGUAUGUAGGUUAAAUGGUGACAGUGACAUACUGUAGAUCAGCAACAAUUUUUAAUAUUACCUCAAUUUCGGGAGAACAUGCAUAGGGAACAAAACAUAUUCUGCCAUGUUUUGUAAUGCAGUGUCAUUUGUUUUCAGUUUAGACUGCACCUUCCAUGUCGCGUACUGUUAAAUAUGCUUUAGAAAUGAAUUAUAUCACCACUAGGUGGCGUUAGUAACCAUGAACUCAUAAUAAUACGUUGUUGGACUAAUUAAGAGAAAUGGGGCCAAUUUGUUAAGUUUGUGUAACUCUUUAAUUGUAUGCACAUUCAGGGAAUUUCAAGAAUGAAUGCAAUUUAAUGAAUCAGUUGUGUGUUUGAGGUGUUGAGGUGCGUUGCUCUCGUGUGAUAACCUCCUGUCUUUCAUCAUGUGAAGAAUCAAGAUUGAUUUUUUUGGGAACUCGGAUUUGAUUUUUUUUUCCCUGUAUAAUCAUGACAAGUGCGUGGGUUUCUUUCAGGGCCCCUGUUUUCAUCCCACAGUCCCCAGGCAAAUUGGGAACUCUAAUUGACCGUGAGAGUGGAUGGUUGUUUGUCUCUGUAUGUGGCCCUGUGAUGGACUGGCGACCUGUCCAGGGUGUACCCCGCCUUUCGCCCUAUGUCAGCUGAGAUUGGCACCAGUGCCCCCGUGAUGUGGAGGAUAAAGUGGUAGAAGAUGAGUGAGUGAGUGAGUUGUCAUGAUUAAGUUACAAUUAACUGUCAUUUAAAAACACCACAGGAAAUGCUGGUUUUCUUGAAACUGAAGUCUACAUGUCCAGUCACACCUUGUUUAGCUCCAGAUGCAGCGUCACUGGCUGGUCUGCAGUCCCACUGCUAUGCACUUUGAAACACGGGUAUGAUCAUCUGUGGCAACAGAAAGGACGAUUCCGCAUGUACGUUUGCUAGUGUGUAUGUGCGUGUGUAUGUAUAUAUGUACGUUUACAUAUAUAUAUAUAUAUAUAUAUGUAUAUGUGUGUGUGUGUGUGUAUAUAUAUACACACACAUAUACACAGUAGUGAUGUCUGACAUGGUUUGAACUGUUAAGGCCAAUUGGAUAGUGCACAUUGUUUUAAAAUGUUUUUAAAUUAAAAAAAAAAAGUACUCCCAUUACCCUCAUUCACACUCACAUAUUAUUAUAUUAUACUGUCAGUAAAAAGUAAUUUGAUGCAACAGUUAAAAAAUGCACAACUAAUUUAAUAGAUUUUUAUAUUAAUUUGCUUAAUUCUCACUAAUAUGUUGCAAUUUUAUUGCUUUGUGGUACACAAAGUUUGUGUUUCUCUGCAUCUCUGGACCUUUCCUGAUGCUGCUCAACUCAAUUUUGAUUCUUAAUGAUUUUUUUUUUGUCUUUAGCCAUUACGAGGCACUGCCAACCCGUAUACCUCAGGACUUCAUUAUGUAAAUGUACUAGCUUUUACUUCCUCUGUUUUCUAAGGUUUUUGGCUGAUCAGUGGCUGAAGCUCAAACUGUGCCAAAACAGAUGCAUGACAGUACUCUGGUUUGGUGGGGGCUAGAGACAGCCUCGUCAAUAAAGUCCAAAUCCCAAUUUUAAA